AUGGCCUUCACAAUCGAAGAAUCCUUUGCCUCCUUUGGAGGUAAGAUGUUAAAGCUUUCGCAUGAAUCUACCGUUAACAAUUGCAAGAUGAAUUUGAAUCUUUAUCUUCCCCAUCAAUACUUUGAUCCUGAUCACAAGGAACAACUUCCGGUGCUUCUCUUCCUAUCUGGGCUUAAUUCCACCCCUGAUAACAUUUCAGAAAAGGCCUAUGUUCCACCUUCAGCCAAUAAGUAUGGCUUUGCGGUGAUCUUGCCUGAUACUUCACCAAGGUUAGAAGAUGAGAGGUUGAAAAAUGGAAUUGGUGCCGGAAUGUAUCUUGAUGCUACUCAGGAGCCAUGGAGCAAGAAUUUCCACAUGUACUCCUACAUUUUGAAAGAUUUGUUACCCAGUAUCAGAAAAGAAUAUACAAAGCUAAACCUCGAUCGUAUGUCUAUUUGUGGACAUUCCAUGGGUGGAAUGGGUGCGCUUAUUAUUUACUUACGUAACCCUGUUCUUUUUAAAUCCUGCUCAGCUUUUGCUCCACUAACACACCCAAUAGGUGUCAAAAAUGGUCAAAAGUAUUUCAAACUGUUCCUUGGAGCUGAUGAGUCAAAAUGGACCAAUUAUGAUCCUUCCUGCCUAAUUAAGCACUAUGACGGGCCAAAAAGACCUAUCUUGAUUCAUCAGGGAACCAGUGACCAGGGAAUAAAAGAUUUAAUACCUGAGUACUUUUUGGAGGCUUCCAAAGGUACAAAAUUGGAUGGCCUUAUUCAUCUUAAGUAUGCUGAAGGAUAUGAUCAUGCCUACUACUUUGUUUCAACGUUUGUUCCUGAACAGUGUGAGUUUCAUGCCAAGUACUUGGGCCUAUCUUAA